GAAAACUUCCAUCGAAGAACCCACCAAAACUUGUUUUCCCCUCCCUCUCGUUCUCCGGUUUUCAACAACAAGAGAUAGGAGAGAGAAAAUGGAGAGCAAAAGCCUAUUCUCAACUUGGCAAGUGUUUUCUCUCUCCUCAAUUCUUGGAUGGGUGAUUGCUUCUUCUCUCCUCGACCUCACCCGCCGUCUCCGAUCACUGAUUCAGCCAUGGAUCACUCGCCGAGUUCAAUCCGAUACCACUCUCAUCCUCCAUAUUCAGAGGUGCCGUCAUGGGUAUUUGGACAACCUCUUCUCUGUGCUCUCUUGUGUUGUUUCAGUGCCUUUUUAUACUGGCUUUUUGCCCCUGCUCUUUUGGAGUGGACAUAGCAAAUUGGCAAGACAGAUGACUUUGUUGAUGGCUUUUUGUGAUUAUAUCGGGAAUUCUAUUAAGGACAUGCUUUCUGCUCCUAGACCUAGCUGUCCUCCGGUGAGAAGAGUGACGGCUACUGAGGAUGAGAAAGAAAAUGCAAGGGAAUAUGGAUUACCAUCUUCUCACACAUUAAACACUGUUUGCCUCUCCGGAUAUUUGUUGCAUUAUGUGACAACAUGUGACCCCGAAGGAGAUGGCACAAAACUUUUCAUUGGUUUCUCAUUGGUUUUCAUUCUCGUUCUGCUUAUUAGCAUAGGGAGGAUUUACUUGGGUAUGCACAGCUUGAUUGAUGUAGUAGCUGGAUUUGUCCUUGGGCUUGUUAUUCUUUCCUUCUGGCUCAUCGUUCAUGGACUUAUUGAUGAUUUCAUCGUUUCUGGGCAAAAUGUUACGUACUUCUGGGUUGGCCUCUCUUUCCUCCUGUUUUUUGCCUAUCCUACACCAGAGUUCCCGACACCAAGUUUUGAAUACCACACAGCGUUCAAUGGUGUUGCAUUUGGAAUUGUCAGCGGAAUCCAACAAACUUAUCGGCAUUUUCACCACGAGAGCAUUCCACAUUUAUUCAGUCCUCAGUUAACCCUUCCAACUUUCAUGGGAAGGGUAAUGCUCGGCAUCCCCACCAUGCUCAUCGUCAAGUCGUGUAUCAAGGCAAUAUCUAAAUGCUUGCUUCCAAUCUUCUGCAAUACUUUGGGAAUCCCUGUAAAGUCAUCAUGUUACGUUCCAGCACUUAAAGAGUUUGAUAAAAGCAAGAAUAAGUCUGAUGGUAAGAUACGCAGUUUGGCAUUGAUUCUCCAGGGUAGAACGUACGAUAUUGAUACAGGAAUAAGGUUUCUGCAGUAUGCUGGCCUGGCUUGGUCGGUUGUUGAUUUGGUACCAUCGAUCUUUUAUCAUGUUAAUUUGUAGGAGCUUUGUGCUAUUUUUUCAGUUAUACUUGCAGAGAGCAUUUCUACUCCGUUCUUAUUGCUGUGUUAUACAUUCCGGCAAAAGAGGUGUUUUUCCAAAGUGUUGAUUUUCAGUGUUUUUCUAGAACAUAAUUUUCUUGUAACCGAUAAAGAGCAGUGAUGGGAAAACCUGCGAUCUGUACAACUUGAGAGAAGUUUCGAGCCAUCAACUGGAGUUGUACCCAACAUUGAACAAAGAGGACCAAGGAAUACAUGAGAAAUUCGCCUGCCCUAUAAAUGGGUUAAACAAGUGCUAUAGGAAUUACAUGAACGUGAUGAAACAUUAAUAGUUCUAGCUGGAAUUUCUAACCUACAUUUUUCCAUCCUGUCAUAGUUAUACUUAACCGACUAAGAAUUAGUUCGAACCUUUGUUAACGUCAUCUUCC